GCGCUGGUUGUCAUGGUUUGACGGGCCGGUCGGUCGGACAUUGCGGCCUCGGCAGCGGCUCUCACCCAGCUCGACAAAAUGGACAACUCGGGAACCGGCGGAGGUUUGCGGGCCGGCUUCGGCCUCUUCGGCGGCGGAGGAGGAGGUGCGGGAGCGGCCGGCGGCUCCGUGUCAGAUUAUUCGCAGCCCGACCUUUCCCGUGUCCCCUUGACUGGGAUGAGCCCUCUGUCUCCAUACCUGAACCUUGAUCCUAGAUAUUUGAUUCAUGAUAAUGAUGAAUUUAUAUUACCAACAGGAGCAAAUAAGACCAGAGGAAGAUUUGAACUGGCAUUUUUUACAAUUGGUGGCUGCUGUAUGACUGGUGCUGCUAUUGGUGCAGUGAAUGGCUUGCGUCUGGGCUUGAAGGAAACUCGGGAUAUGAAUUGGUCAAAACCUAGAAAUGUCCAAAUCCUGAACAUGGUCACGAGACAAGGAGCUUUGUGGGCCAACACAUUGGGCUCCUUAGCUCUCCUGUACAGCACCUUUGGUGUUGUAAUCGAAAAGGUUCGAGGUGCAGAGGAUGACCUGAACACAAUGGCAGCAGGGUCCUUAACCGGUUUGCUGUACAAAUCUACAGCUGGGCUUCGUGGGGCUGCACGGGGAGGAUUUAUCGGUCUAACUCUGACUGGACUCUACGCUCUCUAUAACAACUGGGACCAUAUAAAGGGCUCGUCUGUGCGACACUCCCUCUGAGGCUACACUUUGGAAUUUGUGUGGGAAGAAUCAAGGUGACAUCUGAAUAGGAAAUAAGUGAAUGAGACCUAACAUCUAAGUUGCAUCAGCUUUAAAAAAAAACAAACAUUUAAAUACUUUAUCCUUUUUUGUGAUUUGAUUUGGAAAGCACUCACACAUUGUGAGUGGAUCACAAUGUUGUACUGGCUGAUUCAUCCCAAUCUCAUUGUGGCAGUGAAAUGAGCAGAAUCAGAACAAUUCCAAAUUCCACCAGGCAAGGCUUUUGAGAUUAGCAAUUCCAAAUAGAACGGAUCAGUGUAGAAGGACGCUCCAUUGGCAGAAAUUGGAGACUGCACUUGCAAUGAGCAGAAUGAUGCAACAAACAUUGGAUUAGAAUCUCCAUGCCAUUAUAACUGUUGGGUCAUUGCCACCAGACCCCAUCCCUCUCAAAUGUUUUUAAUGGCCAAUUUUGUUCUUUAGUUGUAUAAUAAUGUCUGGAUCGGUUGGAGAUAUCAAUAUAUCAUGGACUGCUCUGGACGUCCAUUCUAUAUUAAAUUCUGGUAUUGGGCAUCUCUCAACCUCUGCAGUGGUAUAGACCUGCCAGCAUUGGUGCCUUUACCCAGACCAGUGUGUCUGAUAUAUAUGAGCAGCAACCUCAUGGACUGUACCGAUUGUCCGCACAUUGUUCUGUUGGUCUCUGACGCAGCCAAUUUGUCUGCUCUGACAUAAUUAUGGCAAAGGAGUUGAUCAGAUGGUUUCCUCUCACUUCCUCUACUGUGUAGCACUUGCUGAGAAUGGACUAGCUAACCUCUUGCCUUUGUACAGUUCAGCCCAGUUCUGUCUGGUGUUGUGGCUUUGUGGAAUGCUUCACUCAUCAGCAUUUAUAAUUGUGUUGGGGGUGUAACAAUGCCACAGCUGCUCCUACCUACUUGUUUUUUUUCUUAUCACUUCAGAAUCAAGUUUCUCCCCAAUAAAACAGAAAAUGUGCAUGCAAUCUGUUUUUUUAUUGGUGUACUUCCCUUUAGAGAAAGCUGUGUAAAUACUCAGUAAUUAUGUAUAUGGACAUGCUUUAGAAAAAAUGAGCAAUAGUUGUGAAGAAAAUGGUGACUUGGAAAGGGAAAACCAAGGUUAACAACUGAAAAUAAAGAUGUUGAGAAUGGAUGUCAAAGAGGGAAAUUGUCUUCUGAUCACUUGUAAAAUAUUGGAGGAAUCCAGAGAAAGGUGCACAGGGACACGGCAACGAAAGACCUUGUGGGCUGCUCCUUGAAUUGUUACUAGUUAUUUGGGUCAAAGACUCCAUCCCUUUUUAACUGUUCUAUUUGUAUGUUUUGUUUUAAUCAAAUGUAUUCUAUCACGAGGAAUCUAGUCACAAACUGUAUGGCAAGCACAGCACAGAAUAAAGGAUAUUUAUUGUGUAAAAAAA